CCCGGCGGGGACGCCGGCUCCAGCCUGGGCCCCGCGCACGUCCUGCUGCACCACUGCCCUCCGCUCGCGCUGCUGGCCUCCCGCAGGGACCUCUUCCUGGCGCCCGCCGCCGGCGCCUGGCCCGGCGUGGCCCACGUCGUGCUCCUCUGGAGCCCGGCCAAGGGCAGAGUGACCGUGGCCGCCCCGUGCCUUGGCCUCUCGCACGGCAAGAGCCUGGACCUCGCACGCGGGGACACCUGUGACUUCCGGGCCCUGCUCCGCGGCCUUCCCGGGCUGCUGUCCCCCAGGGAGCCGCUGGCCGUGCACACCUGGGCCGCGACUCCCCAGGGCCUGCUGUCGCUGGACGUCGGCGGUGCCGUGCGCCUCGUGCAGCCCCACGGUGGGGCCCGCGCGGUGGGCACCCUGCAGGCGGCACCG